AUGUCGGAGAAAGGGAACUCGAACCAUGGGCGACUGGAGCGGUGCUUCUUCCUCGAAGCCUUGCCCGCGGAAUUGCGUGUUAUGGUGUACGAGAACCUACUUGUCGAUUCUGAGCCUAUCACUGCAUCUCCACGCGAAAAGUUGAAGGAGCCGAUGACGCUCGAUCUUGAACUUCUCCGCACCAACCGCCAAAUCCACGAUGAAGCUGCAGCCGUGUUCUACAGCAAGAACACCAUUUCCGUUCGCCCAGAUGUGAUGAAAAUUCCAAGCAGCGGUAUACCUGCGCCGCAAUACCAUCACUUGAUUCGACAUCUGAAAGUUGAGGGAUUGUACUGUCCGAAUAGCCCAGGCAAGGAGUGGGUGAAGAAAUUUGGCGGUCAUGGGGAGGAACGAGACGGGAAACAAGAGGCUGAGGAAUAUGUCUCCACCAUAUCAACCCUCCUCCUUCAACUGCGAAACUUACACACCCUCCACUUCACCAUCACCCCACCCGACCGCAUCUCCUCAACAUCCGUUCUCGCCAUGCUCCUGCCACUGCAAAACGCCCUACCUUCCAUGCUCGCUAAUUUCUCCCCCUCAGUAUCGAUUCUCAUGAGCUUCGAAUUUGAUGACUGCUACUGCCGCAUGCGUGUGUGCCCGGGAUUUUUGGCGAAGGAUUGUCUCCUGGUGGUCGCAUGUCAGGUGCUAUUUUGGAAGAGCCAUUUGCGGGUCGAGAAAAUGGUAAGGGAGGCGAGAGGUGCGAAUUUGAAGGGGAUUGAUGGGAGGACGGAUUUGGGGGGACUGGUUGGGGAAGGAGUGGAAAAGGUGGUGGAGACGGGGUGGGAGGUUGACGGGAUGAUUGGGCGAUUAGCGGGUCUUUGA